AUGCUGGUCGCAGCGUGCGCGUGCAUCCCCGAGGGCAAGGAUGUCAGCCAAUGCACCGUCAGAGGCUUCCAAGCCGCAGAGGACCUUCUGGGAUGUGAUCGGCCACCGCCUGCGACGCGAGAAGACGAGGUAUUCCCGGCAGAGGUGGCCAGCAUCGCCAUAAAGCCGCUGCAGCCGCGGAAGCCCAAGGCCAACCUUGUCAGCUUCAGCCCGCGGCUUUCUGAGGAUCCGGACACUGCAGAGAAGCAGAAGCCUUGGGUGGGCUUCUUGACGACCUGGAUGGGCCCCGAGGAGGCCCUGCGGACCUGGGAGGAUGGCCGAAGUUACCGUGGCGAGUGGCAUGAGGAUUAUAUUUGCAUCGAUUCCGGGUUGGGGCCUGCGUUUGCAAACAUUUGCGAACGAAGACCUCUGAUUCAGGAUGGCUGGCCACAUGGCCACGGGGAGCUGACGCUCCCGGGGCCCAGCGGCGGCGUCUUCCGAGGCCAGUGGCUGAAUGGCAAAAUGCACGGCGAAGGUGAGUUCGUCGCCAAGUCUGGGCAUCGCUACGCUGGGCAGUGGGCCGAGGGAUCGAAGCAUGGCGAAGGAGCAGAGACGUGGCCUGAUGGCAUGCGCUUCCAAGGCAUUUAUGUGCAAGGCCACCACCAAUGCGGCGCUUUGCGCAUGCCGUCCGGCGUAGUUAGACGCAUCCUCGACUGA